AAAUGAGAGGGGUCAUCUACUGGCAUCCACUGGCAUCCACUGUCGGCACAUAACUCAGACAAACGCCUUCGAGGCAGAUGCGAAGACAGGUGCUGGAGCAAAAAGCUUGCAAUUUGCAUAUCGGGGCUGGCUCAUAAACAAGUGCGCGGAAGACAUGGCCAACUAACCAACUGGCCACCAUGAAGAUAUCAAUCAGCUUUGGACAGAGCCAAACGAAAUUCGUUUGUCCUUCUGUCAAUGGCCGAUAAAAAACCAAUAAAGCUGCCACCCCAGCGGCUUGUUAACACGUAGAUAAAUUACACUGGUCGCUGGGCUCUGAGAUUUCUGAGAUAACCAUCGAGAUGCAGUCAGAAAGUGAUGCGAGGAGCACAGGAAGCGGCCAAUUGUUCUGACCAUAACUGAGCUGAGCUUUAGGGCUCAGUUCUGUUCUGUUGUUGUUGCAACUCAACCUCAGAUCGAGAACCGCAUAAAUACCGCUGGCAGUGGGAGCCGCAUUUGCAGUCGUGGCACGACUUUCGAUCAGUAACUUCCACUUACAGCAGCAACGGAUUUGCUUCGCUUUUGAGAUCGGAUCUGAAAAAUCGGAAAAUCGGAAAAUCUCUAGUGUUUCCCAGCUUGUCGGAUUUAUCGAGCGUGUAAUUUGUGCUCCGUUUGCGAGAUUUAUGAUACACGGCCUACCCGCCCACUGACAGCCAUAAAUGUCUGGAGUCCGAGCUCCGCGAUUCCGGCACCUUCGCUGGGUGGCCUGCAUAUUGGUAUUUUGGUGUUCCAUGGGACAGGCUCAGUUGCCAGGAACCGGAUUCCAAGGACAACGGCCGCAGGUUCCACCCGGUCAACAGCCGGUCAAUCCCUUCCAGCGCCGACAGCCCAAUCCCGUCCAGGGUCAGGGUCUCUUUCCGGGUCAGCGGAAUCCGCUUAACCCGCUGGCUCCUCCGCUGACUGGCGCUGCCCUCCAGAAUCCCUACACCCGCUACAAUCAGUACCAGCAGCAGAACUACGUGCCCAUCACGGCCUACCAAAACGAACUCAAUCUGGAUGGCAGCUUCUCCUACGGAUACUCAUCGGCCGAUGGAACCACUGCCCAGGCUCAGGGUUACGUCAAGAACUUGGGAUACGGCGAAGGCGUCGAGGCUCAGGUAAUCCAGGGCUCCUACUCGUACACUUCGCCGGAAGGCACACCCAUUACAGUGCGUUACAUUGCCGAUGAGAAUGGAUUCCGGGCGGAGGGCACUGGAAUACCUGCAACUCCGCAAUAUUUUGCGGGUGCACAACCUUAUCAACAGGGCUUGAUUAAUCCAAACCUAAAUCCAUAUCAGACGCCCUUCCGCCAACUGCCGCCACCGCUGCCCAAUGCCCAAUUUCGUCCUCAGAUUCCGGGACAACAGCCUUUGACCCCGCUGCAACAGCAACAACAACAGCAGCAGCAACAGUUGCAACAGCAACGCAAUUUCCAGCAGCAACAGCAGCCGAAUUCAGGGCAAUAUCAACCGGAUCAGCCCUUCAACCAGUUGCAUUCCGGCAAUUUGCCCGGCCAGUAUGCCGGACAAUUUGGCCAGCAAUCUUUUGGCAGCAAUCUCACGGCGCAGCAGGCACAACAGCAACAGAAUCUCAACCAGCAACAGCAACAGCAGCAACAGCAACAACAGCAGCAACAGCAACAGCAGAAGGAGCAGCAAAAUGAGCAGCAGCAACAGGCCCUAAUCACCCAACAACUGAGGGGCAGACCCAACAAUCUGGUGGAUAACUUUGGCUACAACCAGUAUGGCAGACGCUUCAAGAAGUCCCCAAAGAAAUAAUAUAACGAUAUACCAAAAUUGAAACGAGUAGUUAGACCAAAUAUGUAGUCGCAGCUCAAAGGCAUGAAAUACAUGCAUCUG